GAGCUAUCCUAUCCCUAUCCCCUCUUUUGCUUUCCUUCCCCCGCCUGCUCAAUUCUUCUCGUGCUGUCACCCCUUUCUUCAAUCGCCUCCCGAUUCCCGCGGGGCUCGCAGAUCCCGGAAGGACACCCCGCCGCCCCCGAUGAGCCGCCACCGGGUCGAGACCUGCGACUCGUGGCGGCCCCCGCGGAAGAACCACGCCGGUGCGCCGCCGCUCCUCCGCGCGGGGCCUCGGCUCCUCGCCUUCGCCUCGCUCUCCGUCCGCGACGGCGGGGACUCCGCCGCGGCCGUCGCCAAGGCGGUUGAGGAGGCGGUUGUCGUACGAUCCGAUGAGGUGAAGGAGGCGGUGGCCGGGGAGGAGAGGAAGAAGACGAAGUCGACGGAGCGCAGGCUGCCCCCCGCGGCGCAGCUGGUGAGCCAUCCGCUCGCGCUGCUGGCGCUAGUACCCAACAGCGCCGCGAUCUUUGCCGCGGGGGCCGCCGCGGGCACUGUAGCCAAGACCGUCACCGCGCCCCUCGACCGCGUCAAGAUCCUCAUGCAGACGCAUAGCGUGCGGGUGGCGGGAGAGAGUGCCAAGAAGGGUGUUGGAUUUCUCGAGGCUAUGGCAGACAUUGGAAAGAAGGAUGGGCUUAAGGGUUACUGGAAAGGAAACCUUCCACAGGUCAUUCGCAUAAUUCCUUACAGUGCAGUGCAACUCUUCUCGUAUGAAGUUUACAAGAAAAUUUUCCGGAGAAAGGAUGGAGAGCUUUCUGUAUUUGGGAGACUUGCCGCUGGUGCUUGCGCGGGCAUGACAUCUACACUUGUAACUUACCCACUGGAUGUUCUCCGGCUCAGGCUAGCAGUUCAAUCUGGACACAGCACUUUAUCUCAGGUUGCUCUUAACAUGCUGAGAGAAGAAGGGCUGGCCUCCUUCUAUGGAGGCUUGGGUCCAUCUCUUGUAGCAAUUGCACCUUACAUUGCUGUGAACUUCUGUGUUUUUGACCUGAUGAAGAAAUCUGUACCAGAGAAGUACAAGAAUAGACCAGAAACAUCUCUGGCAACCGCUCUUCUUUCAGCAACAUUUGCAACUUUGAUGUGUUAUCCGCUGGACACUGUUAGGAGACAGAUGCAGAUGAAAGGCACACCAUACAAUACUGUUUUUGAUGCUAUUCCAGGCAUUGUGGAGCGUGACGGUCUAACUGGUCUUUAUAGAGGUUUUGUGCCAAAUGCGUUAAAAAAUCUACCAAAUAGCAGCAUUAAACUGACCGUGUUUGACACGGUGAAGACACUGAUAGCUACUGGGCAGAAGGAGAUGGACAAAUUAAUUCAAGAAAAUGAGGAGAAAAGAAGCUAGGAAAAGAGCCUUGGUCAAUCUUGAAGGCUUUGGUAGAAAGCAUGCCUCGUUGCACACUCCAUAUCGCUAUGUUUCCUCGUUUGCUGGUGACAUAUUUUAGGAUCUAGGCAGCGCAUCUUUCUGUUCCUUUUCAAAUAGAUCUAGUUUCCAGUGCUUUCCGUAGCAUCCACAUUCAUAGAGAUAGAGGUUCGCAUUGAGUUGAUCUCUUUAUCUAGUGUCGGUAGCAUUCCCCUACAGAUCUUACCUAUUCUAAUAGAGGAUAGUGUAUCAAUGUGACCGCCCCAGAUUCCUUAAAUGUAAUUAUACAUAAUAGCCAGAACAAUCAAAUGUCAUGGAGCACAGGAGCAUGUUCUCCUUGUCAAUGAAUUAGCAUCUUUGAUUUAAA